UCCUCAAAUCUAACGGCUCUUAUUCUUCUAAAUUCAAAUUCCCCUUUUGACCUACACUCCUCUCGCUAUCUCUCUCUCUCUCUCUCUCUCUCUCCUCUCAAUCUCUUUCACUCGAUUCUCUCAAUCUCUCUCUCUUUUGCUCUCGAUCUCGUUUCUUUGGGUUCGUAACGCAAAUCCGCCAUGGAAGAUCAACAUCCACAAAUCUGCUACGACGGUGAUUCGCCGUGUGAAUCGAAGGGAUACUCUGCUGACAAUCACGAUCCCGACGCUGUGGAAGAAAGUGAGGAUACUGUUACAAGUGGGAGCCAAGAAGUUUCUCCAGAAGGUGGACCAACGCUUCCAAUUCUGCAGAAGAUUGUUGAUUUGAGUAGCAAAAUCAAGGUCUUGAAGGAGGAACAUGCGUUGGUAUCCAACCAAGUAAAAGAAAUCAAGAAUUGUUCCUUCGUUGAACCUGAAAUGUCAAAGGCUCUCCAGCUUCUGAAUACUGAGCUUGGAACUCUGAAAAGGCAGUACUUGGAAGAGUCGUCAGAGAGGAAGCGGUUAUACAAUGAAAAUAUAGAACUUAAGGGAAAUAUCAGGGUCUUUUGUAGAUGCAGGCCUCUUAACCAAGCGGAAGUAGGAAAUGGCUGUGCUUCUGUAGUUGAGUUUGAUGCCUCCCAUGAUAAUGAGCUUCAAAUACUUUCAACCGAUUCCUCGAAGAAGCAUUUUAAGUUUGACCAUGUGUUUAAGCCUGAGGAUAGCCAAGAGACUGUUUUUGCACAGACGAAACCUAUAGUUACUUCUGUGCUGGAUGGUUACAAUGUCUGCAUAUUUGCCUAUGGCCAAACUGGAACUGGAAAGACAUUUACCAUGGAGGGAACGCCAGAGAAUAGAGGAGUGAACUACAGGACAUUAGAAGAAUUGUUUCGCUCUUCAGAGAGUAGAAGCCGUCUCAUGAAGUUUGAGCUAUCUGUUAGCAUGUUAGAGGUUUACAAUGAGAAGAUAAGGGACCUCUUGGUUGAUAACUCAAAUCAUCCUCCUAAAAAGUUGGAAGUUAAGCAAUCAGCAGAAGGAACACAAGAAGUCCCUGGAUUAGUAGAAGCACAAGUUUUCAACACAGAUGAAGUGUGGGAUCUGCUCAAGAGAGGGUAUUCUGUUAGAUCUGUGGGGUCAACAGCUGCAAACGAGCAAAGCAGCCGCUCUCAUUGCUUGUUGCGUGUGACAGUGAAGGGAGAGAAUCUGAUCAAUGGCCAGAAAACCAGAAGCCAUCUUUGGCUGGUGGACUUGGCAGGAAGUGAGCGAGUAGGAAAGGUAGAAACUGAAGGAGAAAGGCUGAAAGAAUCUCAGUUUAUCAAUAAGUCGCUUUCAGCACUCGGUGAUGUUAUCGCCGCACUUGCAUCAAAAACAAGCCACAUUCCUUACAGAAACUCAAAGCUCACUCAUAUGCUACAAAACUCUUUGGGUGGAGAUUGCAAGACGUUGAUGUUUGUUCAGAUUAGCCCGAGUUCUGCCGAUCAAGGAGAGACACUUUGCUCCUUAAAUUUCGCAAGCAGAGUUCGCGGAAUCGAAAGUGGACCUGCCCGGAAACAGACGGAUGUGUCUGAACUCCUCAAGCUAAAACAAAUGACUGAGAAGCUGAAACAAGAGGAAAAAGAAACGAAGAAGCUGCAGGACAAUGUGCAGUCACUACAGCUACGCCUCACUGCUAGAGAGCACAUAUGUAAAGGACUUCAAGAUAAGGUUCGUGAUCUGGAAUUUCAAUUAGCAGAAGAAAGGAAAACCAGAAUCAAGCAGGAGACACGAGCCCUAGCCACUGCAUCAUCAUCAACAACAUCUAGACAACCGAGAGAGGCACUACCGACGAUCACAGAGAAAAAGCCACCAUUGGCUCCCACAAGAUCAAUGCGAAUGCCACUCAGAAGAAUUACAAACUUCAUGCCCCAACAACCCUCUCAGGUUCCUCCUGCCAAGAGAUUCUCUGACGCAAGUCACGCAACAAGCAAAGAGAAUAAUAAUGGUAACAAUAACAGCCUCAGAAGAUCAUCAUCAGUGGACAUCAAUGCGCUAAUGAAACCAAGAAGAAGCUCCGUGGCAUUCAGACCAGCUCCUCCUCCACUAGCCAUUGCAACAGGUAAUAACAAAACACUCCAGCCGAGAAGGAGAGUCUCUAUUGCAACGUUGAGACCAGAACCAUCAUCAUCUUACAUGAUGAACAUGUCCACUCCAUCACGCCCUCCUUCUAUUUCGUCAUUCCGUGGUGGUAACCCGAGAAAGGCGAGAUACUCUAAUCUCUUCACUCCGGAUCGCAAUCUGGUGACUCCUAAUGCAAUGAAAAGCAGCAGCAGAUUCAACAAGAGUCCUGUUGUAGGAGGAGGAGGCAGCGCGUGGAAGCCGACCCAUCCAACAGUGGUUGCAUUGCAGAAGAAGGCUGUGGUGUGGAGUCCGCUUAAGUUCAGGAACAGAAGACCAUCUUUCAUACCGAGGCGAGCUUCUUCUGCUGCCACCGAUUUGGUCCGGAGGGAACAAUAGUGGUCUUCUUGUUCACUGUCUUUGUGAAAGUGUUUGGUCUAUUACAUUCAGGCUGUCUGUUAAAAUAGGAUCUCGGUUGAUUUUUUUUUAAUUGAUUUCAUUCGAAGUGUUAACUACAACUCUAUUGAGACCUUUUGUGCUAUGGCUAUAUAUAUAUGUGAUGAAUUUUAAAAUCUCGGCUUCAAUACAUUUGAUACAAAGUGCAUAUUUCAGAAACAAAAGAUUAUACGACCUCUCAAGGUUGAUCAUUUUUUUCCUCCUUACUUUUGGAGAAACGAUAUACGACAUCCUGCAUUUCAUGAGACCAAUGCCAAGAGAGAACUGUCUUAAACCAACCCCCUAAUACUCGCAAAAAGCCUCCAAACCGGAGUGGGAAGGAACAAAGAGAAGCAGAACAGACUGAAACAAAUGAGAACAGAAGCAGAUUCUCUGCCAGAGAUCGUUCUCGGAUCAGUCUGAAUGUCGUUUCUCCACAGAAAAUAGCGGAAAAGGGUGUGGAGAAUGAAACUGGUGGUAAUAGUUAAUAUGGAGAACAGAGCAAAUAAAGACAAGAUCCCACAUGAAGGAGAUGAAAAAACUUUUGUUAUUGAAGAAACUCAAACACAAUCUCUAUUGUUGUGACUAUAUAUGUUCUCUCUCUUUUUUGUUCCCUAGAUGUUUGUGUUCCUACAGAUCAACUAUUACUUCAAAACCCAGUUCCAUUAAUCUUCUAAAAAAACAGUACUCUCUGGUUGUUAAAACUUGGGAAUGUUAAACAAACUCAGAACAAGAGAUUAGCUAUCUUCUUGAAACACUGAGUUCUUCAUUCUCAAUCUUCUCAGGCAGAAGCGCUCUUUCUUGCGGCAUACACGCGGUAUGCAGCCAGCCCAACGACCACAGCAGCAGCUCCAACUGUUAUACAAAUU